AUGACUCCCGCCAUCGUAUCCCUCUUGGAUACAGACCUUUACAAGCUCUCUAUGCACGCGGCAGUGGUGCAGAGCUUUAAAGAUGUUCCUGUGACAUACUCGUACACCAACCGUACGCCAUCAAUGCAACUAAACAAAGCUGCAAUUGACUGGUUGAAAGUACAAAUUUCGAGCUUGGGCUCCUUGAAGUUUACCCCCGACGAAAUCCAGUACUUGAAAGAAACAUUGCCACACUUCCCGAAAGAAUACUUUGAGUACCUUGUUGAUUUCCAAUUGAAGCCCGAGGAACAGAUCAAAUACACCAAUGACACAGACGACUUGGCGAAUUUCGACAUUGAAAUGGCUGGGACCUGGAGUGAAGUGAUCCUCUACGAAAUCCCCAUCUUGGCCUUGGUCUCUGAGGCCUACUUCAAGUUCGUUGAUACCGAAUGGAACUACGACGGGCAGGAAGAGUCUGCCAAGUGGAAGGGAGAGCAGUUGAUUGCCAAUGGCUGCAUAUUCAGUGAAUUCGGUACUAGAAGGAGAAGAAGUUUCAAGACUCAGGAGAUAGUUGUGAAGACGCUUGCGACUUCCUUGGGGGACGGGGCCAAGGGCAUUUUGUUAGGUACUUCCAAUGUUUAUUUGGCUAAGAAGUAUAACCUCGCGCCCAUUGGUACUGUAGCCCACGAAUGGUUCAUGGCUAUAGCUGCAAUUACACAGGACUACACCAACGCAAACAAGGCGGCUUUGGACUACUGGUUGAAGACUUUUGGACCAGAAUACGCUGGCUUGGCUUUAACUGAUACGUUCGGAACAGAUUCCUUCUUAAAGAUCUUCGAUAAGCCGUACACUGACUACUACAUUGGAGUCAGACAAGAUUCCGGGGAUCCACAGGAAUACGCAGCCAAGUUGGCCAAACAUUACUUCGAGACUUUGGGAUACCCCAAAUUUUCCAAGUCGGUAUGCUUCAGUGAUUCGUUGAACGUUGAGAAAUGUCUCAAGUACAAGGCUUACUCGGAUUCAAUUGGAAUCAAGGCAAGUUUCGGUGUCGGUACGUACUUUACCAACGACUUCAAGAACAGCGCAACAGGCGAGAAGUCCACCCCAAUGAACAUUGUCAUCAAGCUCCGAAAAGCGGCCGGAAACCCAUGCAUCAAGAUCAGUGACAACUUGGGGAAGAACAUGGGAGACGCAGAUGUGGUGAAGAGGGUUAAAGAAGAAUUGGGGUACCAAGAGAGAAACUGGAAAGAGGGAGAUGAGAGCAAAAGAUGGUAA